AUGAAGAGGAAUGAAGUCAAGGUGAUGUCAGUGCACAAGCAGGUCAUGAACAUAGGAUCCGGUACACGGUCGGUAGACUCAGCGCUGCAACGGCAACGCCGCGAAUAUGUCCCCCCGCAUAUGAAGUUGUAUAACUCGCGGCACAAGCUACAUCCAAAACAUGUAAUCAGUGAUACCAGCGUGGACGUGGAACUGAUAGACGAAUCUUCGAUGGAUCUUCUAGGAUUCAAUGUGCCACUAAUCAAAGAACGCUCAGACUGCUCCUACCGAAACUGCUCAUCCGUCUUCUCGCUGCACACCGACUCAUCGGGGACGCAGCUCUCAGAGGAAGACGGUACGCCUGGCUGCGGGUUAGAGCACGCACCGGACAAAGCAAUCAAGCAGGUAUUCGAAAACAACUUCUCGGUCGACUCCAUGUCACCGAGCAUUGACAUUGGCCGCUUUUCGUCAGGCAGCUCGACCGAACUGCUCUUCUCACUCGAUGGAUACACGGGUCGCCAAUCAACAUUGCCGCCUCGUCCUCCGCAGGAAGAUGCAAAGCAUCGCUACGAAAUCAACAAUCUUCGCAAGCGUAUUGAGCGCACUGAGUCCAAUCUCAGCAACGAAAUUUGUUAUAAGCGGCGCCGCAUAUGUAGGCGAGGAGAGAUAGUAGCAGACCACUGGCGCGAGCUCAGCACAUUGAGCCAGUCGGUAUGGCUCAUACAGCUGCGCCAGCGGGGUCUGCAGUGGGACGGCAUUCCAUGGGUGCAUAAGCGAGCCGUCUACAGUAUGUGUCUUCGCCGCGCAACCGCCCCUGCCGACCUCGAUCCUGUUGUCGCCCGUCUAUCCGAGAACAUGCGUCUCCUCUUCUUUGAGCGCACUGACGAGAUCGUCGGAAACUUCUACCGCGACUCGCAAUGGUGGCAGUAUACCAUGUGUAGCCCCGCUUUGCUUGUUCACCUGGAGCAUGAGUAUCCGUCGCUGUUCUACCAUUUGCGCUUUGUCAUACGCAUCGACAUUUGGCGCGAAUUCCUGCAGCCACUGGCAUUCUACGCAAUCAGCAAUAGCAUAUGCAAUGCCCCUCGUGACUUCCCCGCCUACGAAGACUGGUUGCUGAAGCUCUUUGAUGGCCUUGUCAUUUCUGUCUGCUACCACGAACUCGACAGUGCGUGGACCAGUAUAACCGAACACUUAUUGAGACAAAACCACUACAAGUUCUUCGGUGACGUGGAUGACAUCCAGGCCCAGCUAAGCCGCGUGCAACUAGACAUACAUGGCCUCUUGGAGUGGUUGCGGCGUUGA